CAAAAGGUCCCAUCUCGUUCUCUCUUUCUGCCUCUCACUCUUUUACACAUAUAAAUGUAAUAUUGCAAUGUAAUGCCUUCCAUAUGCAAUAUCUUGCUUGCCUAUAUCAUAGACUUUUCACGAACUCGGAGUUGGUGAAAGUUGUCGUUCUUCAUACUCGAAACCGAUAAUACUAACAAAAUCUUCCAUCUUUUUUCUAUUCAUUAUAUUGCUAUAUCCUCAGUAAUUGUAAACCUGGAGUGGAGGAAGGGGAAAGUGAAUCCAUUUGUGAGUAGCAUAAAGGCCAGGUUAAGGCCAAAAGCGAUGCCACCGAAUAUAGUUCGUGAUGCUGAUGGAUUGCCCAGAAUCAUACUCACUGAGCCAACUGGUUCAUCUGCUGAGGUGCUACUGUAUGGUGGGCAAGUUGUUUCUUGGAAGAAUGAACGAAGGGAAGAACUGCUUUUUAUGAGCAGCAAGGCAAGUUGGAAGCCGCCUAAGGCCAUCAGGGGAGGUAUACCAGUCUGCUUUCCACAGUUUGGAAAUCUUGGUUCACUGGAGCAACAUGGAUUUGCCAGGAACAGAAUGUGGUUACUGGACAGUGACCCUUCACCUUUGCCUCCAGCUAACAACCAGUCAUCAGUGGAUCUAGUAUUGAAGUCUACAGAAGAGGAUCUAAAGAUCUGGUCACGCAGCUUCGAAUUGCGUCUUCGUGUAACUCUCAGUGCUGGAAAGCUAACUUUGAUCCCUCGUGUGAGGAAUACAGACCACAAGGCCUUCUCUUUCAUGUUUGCACUCUGCAACUACCUAUCUGUAUCAGACAUCAGUGAAGUGCGUGUGGAGGGCUUGGAGACGCUUGAUUACUUUGACAAUUGGAUUAACAGAGAAAGGUUCACAGAACAAGCAGAUGCAAUUACUUUUGAUGGCGAGUUUGAAAGGGUAUAUUUGAGCACCCCAACAAAGAUUGCCAUCAUAGACCAUGAGAAGAAGAGAACAUUCGAAUUGUGGAAGGAUGGGAUGCCAGAUGCAGUUGUAUGGAAUCCAUGGGACAAAAAGGCUAAAGCUCUCCCGGAUUUAGGGGAUGAGGAUUACCAAUCCAUGUUGUGUGUAGAUUCUGCUGCUAUUGAAACUCCAAUCAUCUUGAAACCAUUUGAAGAAUGGAAGGGCCGGCAAGAGAUCUCCACAGUGUCCUCGAGUUAUUGCAGUGGACAGUUGGAUCCUCGAAGGGUUCUUUAUGGUUUUCACUGACCUCAGAUUUGGAGUAAAUGGAGGUUUUCUCAUAAUUCAAAUAGUUAAGUCUUAUUUGCUGUAUAAUAUAUGUGCACUUGUUUGUGUAUUAUCCUUUUGUUGCCUAGAAUCCUAAAGAAUGACUAAUCCAGCUGAACGAAAUAGUUGACAAUAUAGCAGUGGUCACGUUGUCAGAGAGGAAUAUAUAUCUUUUUAUGUU